AUGGCAUCAAUUAUCGGGAUUGAUAAAGAUAGUCAAUCCAAGGAGGGAAUGGACGGCAAGUUGGCUCUAGAAGCUGAAUAUCUCGAGGCUCGAAAUAUUUACUGGGGAAUGAUUAUGCUUGAGAGGCUUGUCUUGUACGAAUGCCCACUCGACAAUCUUAAACCGGGACUGGAUUUCCCAGCUUCGGAGACACAGUUACCCUCCGACCUUGUUUCGCCAGUCUACGUUAAUUUGCCUUCGCACCCUUAUGUGAGGGGGAUGGCCAGCAUGGGCGACCUUCAUGCAGCCAACGUGGGAUCUUUUGGUCGCCAAAUCCAGGCAAUUUCAUUCCUUAUCCAGGUUUUAGAGGCAACACAUGAUAGCAACGAGACACCAUUACCAACGCUCAUCAAACUGGACGAGAAACUACGCGGGUUUCUCACAGUUUUAAUGAACCAAAUACCAGGAAGACAUCAAUGCGGUGCAAAUGGAAUCAUGAUAAGGUAA